AAGAGUGUGGCCCAGCACCGCUGCAAUGCAGACGGGAAGUGGCACAGGGGGUAAUGGCACGUUCACACUGAGGAAUCCGGUGUCUACAGCGAAUGGAAUUCUCCUGCCGCCGAAAAUCGCGUAGUUCACACUGCUUGCGCACCGCGCCGCCGGAAAGACAUACAGCGCCAUCUGCCCCACAAAGUGCUAACCUCUAAUCAAGCGCGGGAUAUCCCGGAUGUUCGCGCGGCUCGAAAUUGCAGCAGUUGUCUCCGCUCGCGUCGAGUUCGUGUGUUUAUGUGGCGCGUCUCCACCAUUACUUGGAAAGACAAUGAUGAACCCCGAGCAAGAAGAGGCAGUACUGCUCGGCCUGUUGGCAAGCACCUUUCUGGCGAUGCAUGACGCGCAGAAGCAUUCGCCGAAGAGACGGCGGCAGCGGCGUUGGUGGGUUCGCCCAGCUCUGCAAGAGCGCGAACAGCUUGGUCACGCCACACAACUGCUACCCCUCCUGCGAAAUCGCGACGUGGAGUACUACAGAGAGUACCUGAGGAUGCCUCCACGUUCUUUCGACAUGCUCGUGCAGCUCGUCGGACCACACAUUCGGAAGAAAGAUACGAAUUUCCGAAAAGCGAUCAGUCCCGAGCACCGGCUUGCGCAAACUGUCAGGUUCUUGGCUGCAGGGGAAACGCUCCGCUCAUCUUGUUUUAGCUUCCUAAACGGACGCUCGACAGCCUGUGGCAUUGUGUCGUCGGUGUGCCAGGUGCUGUGGGACGUCCUUGGCCCUUUGUACGUUGCCUGUCCAUCAAGUGCAGAUGAGUGGCUGCGGAUUGCAAGUGAUUUCGAGGAGCGGUGGAACACGCCCCACUGCGUGGGCGCAAUUGAUGGAAAACAUGUUGCCAUUCAAUGUCCUUCCAAAUCAGGAAGUGAGGACCGGAACUACAAAAACUUUUUCAGUAAAUCUCUGCUUGCCAUCAGCGACGCCUGCUACAGAUUUCUGUACGUAGAAAUAGGUCACCAUGGCAGCGACUCAGAUGGUGGUGUGUUCAGCAGAAGUAGGCUACAAGACGCCAUUCUUUCCAACAAGCAAGGAUUCCCCCAUGAUGCACCAUUGGGCAACGUUGGCAACAUUCCCUUCUACCUGGGGGGAGAUGAAGCAUUUCCCCUUAAGACAUACAUGAUGCGGCCGUAUCCCAGGAAAAGUCUUCACCCAUUUUUGCCUGCUAGCACAGAGGAGCAGCCAUUAGAAGGUGAUUCUUCAUCAAGCCACUUUGUCGAGACCCACAAAAAAAGGAUCUUCAACUGCCGUCUCAGCAGAGCCCGUCGGGUCAUAGAGAAUGCCUUUGGCAUAAUGGCACAGAGGUGGCGCAUCCUGCGCCGCCCGUUCAAAGCUAAGGACGAGAAUGUGAGAAGGAUUGUCUCUGCUUGUGUAGUCCUGCACAACUUCCUGCUCAAGGAGUCCCCCACUUCCCGAUCUGCAUACUGCCCUCCUGGAACAGCUGACCAUGUAGACUGGCAGGGAAACAUAAGUGAAGGGAGCUGGAGGGCCGAGGACAGCAGCAACAAUGCACUGCCACCUCUGCGUAGCACAGGCUGUCACUCAACCAGAGCUGCCUACAAAAUGCGGGACGACCUUGCCAAGUACUUUGUCAGUGACGGCCAGAUCCCUUGGCAAGAGUCCAUGAUCAUGGACAGAACACUGUACAGUGGUGUCACGCAAAGUGGCGACGAUCCUGCUCCGGAAAGCUCGUCUACGGAGCUUGCAUCUUAAACGGUAUCCUCCAGCUGGCUAUGCUCGACGACCUCCGUGCUGUCUUCCAUGCCUGUGCUUUGGCGAAGCACGACUGGUGUUCAGUGUUAUGUGUCAUUCACCAAAAAAAACCACAGGAAACACUUUUGAGCUUCAAAUAUUCCUCACAGAUUUUUAGAAUAUUGUUUGCAUGAAAUGAACAUGGACAGUUGCUUUAUUAAAGCAACGCAAAAUUAUGUAGGGCAACUUGAGAAAUAAGAUCUUUCAGUGGAAUUUUCCAGUUGUGUGCCAUGCAGUGAUGAAAAUACCUACUGAAGCCGCAAUACAUUGAACUCAGUGCAAUUUUAGUGCAGUUAUUUGGUUCUGUUGACAUACGAGUCCAUUUACCCUUUCAGGAGGGAAGAUGAGCUGAGCUCGUGGAGCGCAUAAUUGCAAAGGAAGAUAAAUCACGAGACUAGCUCAUUAAGUGCUUCUUUGUUAUCCGUGCAGAUUUGCAGACUAUUUGAGCUCCUGUAAUGGUCUGCACUUCUUCCAGAAGGUAUGCAUGCGUUUUAUGCUUCUAUGUAACGGCACAUAUUGCAAGGACCUGCUGAAGAGUAAUGUUCACAGUGCAGACUCCAUUUUGUUGCUUUCCGUCUCCAUGAAAAUGGGAUCUUAUGUGGUACAAGUGCGCGCUUUAUGUCGGGAUGAGAAGGAAAUAAAAUGUGUGGAAUGUUUGAGUUUAGCCUCUUCUAGCCAGAGAGAUUGAAUUGGCCUUGGGCAACAAGGUUUGCCUUGUUAAACUUUAAAAAAUUAUCCUUUUAGAGUAGCCUGCACCUUGCUAACAAACCUUUUGUGCUGAAAAGUAAAUGUGUUAUUGUUAGACAUUGUCCUCUUCAGCUGCAGGCGAUUUUGAACUGGCAUCAGACAACACAGGUGUGCAGUAAAAUCCCCUUUCAGUUGAGUGGAUAAAAUUUAUAUUUAAGUAAGCUAAACCGUUCUGACGAAAAGUUCCUGCACAUCGUUGCUUUUUAUGACCACUAAAAUUGUUUGCCCGGAUAAAAAAAUUUGGGCUUUAUUGCAAGCUUUCUCUAUUUGUUUUGUCCAAGUGCUGUGAGAGGUGCCUUCCAACUUACCCUUCACGGCUCGGGAAAUCAAUGUUUGUGCAGAUGCUGAAAAAAUAAAAAAAAUGAUACUUAUGUUCACCACGCCAUAGGUUACGCAAGUCAUUUCAUAGCGAGCUUCGAAAAUAUGCUACUGUUAUUAUUCAUCAUGCAAAAAUCAUCUAGUAGUACUUCGCUAUUCAUUAGUGAUUGUUCCUGCACAUGUAGUUCAUCAGAGCAGUUACUCGUUAAGUGUUAUGUUUAUUAUGCAAAAGUGAGGAUGUGGCCAACAUAUCAAUACUUACGAAAUAUUUAGCUUUGCCAUCGCAUCAUUUGUGCGUGUUGCUCUGAGUGUAACUGCAUGACUAUUGACACGUUCACAUCGCCACUUAUAUAAAGGUUAUUCAUCAAUCUUUGCACAGUUAUUUACAGUUCUUCCCUUUACAUGGUCACAGUGUUUAUUCUCUAUGCACAGUGCGCCAUCACUUGUGUACUACUGUUGUACCUUGAUGCCAAGCCAUUCAUUUCCCUCCGUUGCAGUGCAUUCAAUGUACAUUUUGCUUGCAAAUUAGUUGACCAACUGUGUCUAUGUAAAAUAAAGAGCAUAUUGUGUCUAUAGGAUGUAUGCGUGUGUUUUUUCCUUUGUAAUUAUUUUGUUCAUAUCCUGCUUGUAAUUGACUGAAAUUGAAGUAAUAAAAGUAAACCAAAA